UCAUUUCUCACGUCCCUUGAGGGAUUUCUUGUUUCAGUCAAUUUGCCUCCUAUAGUUGAUUUCUUUUUUCUGUCAAUUGGACUCCAAUAUUGCAGGUUUGUGUUGAUUUCUCUCAUCGGAGCAACCAACUCCUCCAUCUUCUGAAGAAUUACUGCUAUUUUUGGGAGAGGGAUUGAUUUCCCUUCUUAGCAACACUGGGGGGAACUGGGGAUAUGUGGAUAAAGGUGGUCGUUAGAGAGGAACUCAAGAUUUCAAGAGAGCAACGUUGCGAGGACCACCUGCAUGCUUAU